GACAAUCACAAAUUGCUGCUAGGUAUGGUGGCAAAAAGUAGAUAUCAAGGUAUUAGCCAGAUAAAGUUGGCUGAGACACUUAAAUGGGACUGCAAAACGGUAUUUUAUUAUCUUAAAAAACUGGAGCAACUGGGUCUAGUUUUCAAGGAAACUGUAUAUGCAGACCAUAGGAAUACAAGAGCCAUCUUCUUAAGGAAGUUCAAAAAACAAGAUGAGGGCCCGAAUGAGAAUACAGCUGAUAUGUAUCGAAUUGAAGAAUUUGAAAAUACGCUACUAGCGUUGUUGAAUGAAGCAGAAAACCAUAUGUUAUCCUCACAAGAUGCUAUCAGAUUGAUGGGGUUUUCGACAGUUCAAAAUGUACGAUGGGCAAGAGUAAAAUUGACACAGCUUCACGAGCGAGGCGUGAUUGAAAAAGUGGAUGCUUUUAAUGGAAAAAUCCACAAACAAUCCAUCAGACUACCAGGACCAAACAAACACACUCAUGUCGAAAUGAAAGACCAAGAAGAAGAGGUCCAAGAAGACACUGUAAAGAUGAAGUGUGUAGAUACAUUUUAUAGGGAUUUACCUGCGGAAUACCAGUUUUACCAGGAUGUAGUUGCAGCAGGUGAAAAUGGAAUAGUCAGACAAGAACUCGUCGAUAAAUACCCGGAGCUGGAUCCAAAGUUAUUUCAGACCUUCUUUGAAAAUGCCGCUGUAACACCGAAAUCGAAAGUACACUCUAGAUAUUGUAUUUAUCGCACCGAAGAAUUAGGAGGCAAAAUCCGUCAAUUCCGUAUAUCAGAAGAUAGUGAAGAGUUAAAAAAUUUCAUUAAACGUUAUAGCAUAGAACACACGAUAUGCAAUGGUCGACAUAAAAAAAAAGAGUUUAAAACUGUGGAUGUAACGGAAUUACCUUCCAUUGACGAUACCAUAUUUAGAAUUCAUAAAGCCAAGGAUUUAGAAUCGGAGAAAAUGGCUCGGGAAUACUGCUGUAAAUAUGGAUGGAUAAAGUCAAAGUGGUAUCGAUCAAAAAAACUGCACGAAAGUUUAAUUCAGUUUCACAGCAAGUCAAACUUAAAUACCCUUGUGGUUGAUAUGAAACAAUUUCUCAAGCACUUAUCAAUCGGCACCUUGGCAGUCAUUUGCUCCAGCUUACCCUAUCUUGAUGAGACAUUUAGGACUUUCUUGGAUUCGCCAGAUAACAGAACCAUUACGUUGGGUGAACUUCCCGAAAAUAUUCAACUUCUUUUAUCGAAUCUGAAGGGCAGAGUACGGACAUGCAUCUCUUCUUUGCUUCAUAUUUUAGUUGCGUUGGACGUGGUGAGACCGGUCAGUGGUUUAAUUCACGAGUCAGAUUAUGUUAUCACACCCAAAUACGAAUUAUGUGAACAGGGUGUUAUUCGUGAUUACGCUUUCAUGGACCGUGCCGUUGUAUGUACUCUUCCUUUAAACAACAUACAGGAUGUAGGGAAUUUUUGGGAUAAGUUAUACACUGUCUGCAUCACUCCUAUUCGUUUUCAUUCAACAAAAGAUGCUAUUGAUUUAGAGAAGUGUGUCGACAAAAACGAUCCUCUUUACAAUAUACAUAAGAAAAGAGGUUGGCAUAUCGACCCAUUGGUCACACGGGCACAAAAAGAAAUAUUGGAUUCUUUUGUUGAUUUCGAGACUAGAACAAUACCCUCAGACACUACUGCUCUUAGAACUUACUUGGCACAGAAAACUAAUUUAUCGACAAAGCGUAUCAGAACAUAUUAUCAUGGCAUUAUUGGGGCCUUUCAAAAACAGAAGACGAAGGAGGAAAAAAUGGCGGCGGCACGACAAAAGCUGCUUGAAUCAGCAACUGAUCCCACUAUCAACAAGUUAAUCCUAGCUUCGGUCGAAGGUCGCAAAGUUGACACUUCUAAGGAUUCAGGUGAAUUUAUUAGAUCUACUUUUAUUGGUAGUAGAAGAUUUAGAAGAUUGAGAACACGCGUAGAAAGAUGUACAGAGCAUGAGGAGCUUCCUCAUAAUUAUUCGUCUCGUGCAUCACAUAAUUUCACCCCACACGAAAAGGAUUUGCUGCUAUAUUCAUACUGUAUAAUGAAGACAAGAGCCAAGAAUCUUCGAUUUUUUUGGCGGCCGAUAACAAAGGUUUUAGAUACCAGAACAAAAGAACAAUGUCGACGUGUAUUCAACAGGAUGGUAGAAUCCUUGCCAGGGAUUCAGUCUACAAUCGAGAAACUAAAAUCUCAAUGGGAAACGUUCUACAAAGAAGGAUUGGAGACCCAAGAACUAGUUGAUAAACACUCAUGGGAUACUAGUGAAUUCGACUUGCGUUCGUUUCUGGAAUAUUUUAUUUUGAGGUUGCAAGAUGAUGCAGUUCAGCAACAAAAAUUUAAUCAGGACCAUCUGUUGCCUCGUAACCUUCAGGAGUUCCAGACUUACUAUCAGAUCGACCGUAAUAAACGUCUCAUCGAAGCACAAAAGGAUAGGACCCAUCUUUCAAUAAACCCUUUAGACCAAGAUUUAUAUGACAUGCCGGCGACGAUUACGGAAUCCCAGCAGGCCAACGUGGUCUAUAUUUGUAGAACAUUGAUAAAGAUGCUACUUUUAACACCUGAUUGUAGGUAUGAUACUGACAUGGCGUAUAAAACCUUGAAUCAAUACCCUUCAUCUGACAUAGAGUCGGCAUUGGAAGAGAUGAGAGCAGAAGGGCUUAUCAUAAAAGACAACGCGAGACAUUGCCGUAUUCCUGGUAGAGCAUUUAAUGUUUCUGAGAAAUUCUUACUGAUUUCCGAAGGUGUCGUUCCCUUCGGAAUGCUCGACGCUGCUGAAGCUUAUCAUAAGAAUAUUGUCAUGAGCAAGACUUUGAAUUUAAAACAAAUAAGCAGUGGCAUGGUUGCUUCAAUUCUUAAUCUUCUAUCACAAAAAAAGAUUAUACUGCAACUGAAGAAUAAAGAUACAUUUAUAAAGACCAAAAAAUCCAUACUUUAUCCAAAACUAUCAGCAGAUAAUCUCUGCCAGGCGUAUAUCAAGAAACAUUUGGAAUUGGUCGUACAAGACGCAGGUGUAUAUGGUGGUAAAUCUGAUAUCUGCCCAGAUCACAAAACUUAUAUUGUCGUCCCGACAUCGGAUCAAGUUGUUAGAUAUUUGAAAAAUCUGGACCCAAGUGAUACAUGCUUAAAAGUCUAUCAGGCGGUAAAGAGCCUUCAAGAGGCUGGAGGAACUUUUUACGACAUAAUUGUAUGCGUUAAUAGAGACAAUAAGAUGGAUGAGCGCGAGAUCUCAAAAGCAGUCUAUAAACUCACUCAAAACGAACCCCCAUUAAUCCAUGUUGUCGGGUUUAAGCAGCUACGAUACGUAUGUACAGAAUUUAGCCCUCAUUGGUUUCUGAAAACGCAUGAUGAUAAGACUUUCGUACAUCUGUUAAUGUGGAAUGAUGCAUCGGGUAAAAUAAUUAAAUCUGCGUUUGAUGGUUGUGCAAAAGCUGUUAUCAGUCAUAUAUUGACGAAACCAGGAAUUUCUCAUGCUAAUCUGCGAAAGAAAUUUGUUGGAUUUUUCACAGAUUACGAACUUUAUUCAUUAUUGACUUACUUGGUUGACAUCAAGGUUGUUCAUAUAAAAAAGAUACAAAGAGAAUCACCUUCCAGAAAAGUGUCAAUAUUCGGAAAAAGAUCACUGAAAUCCUUGGCUGCACAUGACAGUACCAUGAAAAGUAAUGAAAUCACCUUUUACUGGCUGUCGAAUGAUUACUAUCUUCAAAACUAA